AUGCAUAUGUUGCGCUUCAUUCGGUGCACGGCAUUUUUGAGAAAGUUCAAGGACUUGGAGAAGCAGAGCGAAGCUACGUUCAAAGCUCAUUACCCGCGCGUCUACGAGGACAUGCUCGCUGAGUUGUUCAACAACGGGUUUUCUUAUCCCAGCAGAGCGCAGCUGUACGCUGCGCGUCCGAGGUUGGAUAUGGCCGUGAUGAGCAUCGAGAGGCGGAUGUUGAGCGUUGGGCCAUGGAGCCGGCCCAGAGUAGGGCGUCGGACCAUCCACUUGUACACCGACUCGAGUCCGAACUCGGGGGAAGAGAUCAUGGGGAGCUUGUGCGACAUAUUUAUCCCUGGCGCAUCAGUGUUGGGGCAUUUGUUGCCAGGCGUGUGCUUGGGCCACGGCUACCAAGGGGCAAUGGACAAGGCAUUUGCACUUUUGUGGCAGCUUUGGCUGAUUGCGGGUCCUCGCAUGGAAACGCUUGAACAUGUUCUGGAAGACUGCUUGUCGAUUACAACCGACAUGGGCCACGAGCGUCUGAUCGCAGAUCUGGGGAACUGUCUGACCGUCUUUGCGAGCAAGCUGGGGCUUCAAGUUUCGGCAAUGUUUGCGUCAUACAGUAGGCUGCUGGAGUUUUGCGUGGCCGUUCCCGAUUGGCAUCAUCUCAUUUCUGGGUGCCUGAAGGCAUCGCUGCAGGCUCUGGAGGAGUGGCCGAAUAUUUUGAACACUCUUCGAGCCCACUGCAGGUUCUUUCGAAGCGAUAGUUAUCGUGAGGCGCUCGUGGUCUGGUUGAAAACAAAUGGGCAUGGUGACUUUUCGAAACUGUUGAGAUACUUCUCUGCGUCGUUCGCCAAGUGGAGGUUCGAGACGUUCCUGGAUGUCGUUGUUUCGCUGAGCAGGCUACGCAACAUAUGUUCUUUUUUCAGGCCGCACAUGCUCGGUGCGCUCCAGGACGCGCAGGACUUCAACGAGGUUCUGAAGCACAAGGGUAACAGCCAUUUCUGGCGUUGGGUGAGCGGCUUCACCAUGAUGGCGAAGCCGAUCGAUCGGUUCAGAACUUGGGCGGCAGCCUGCCCACACCCUGCCCACCAGGAAGCGCUGAUGAAGGGGAAGAGCGUCAAGUGCGAGAUGCUGGGCCGACGGCUCCACGAGGCAUCUAAGAGGGUUCAUGACUUGAGGACAGAGCUCACUCGCACGGCAGAAACCCUGGUGGUCGGCGACGUUGGGGGCGACGAGGCCGUAUUCAGUGACUUGACAUUUUGCCUGAGGCGCUUCCUGCCCGAGUUCAAGGAAAAGUUCGGUUGGGUUGAUAUGAUGCCAUAUACGUUCGCUAAUGCCACGGACCAGGCGGUCGCCCAAUCUAUGAUCCAACAGUGGGAAGUGAUUCCUCGGCGAGACCAUCACAGAAUGACGGUUUUGCUCAUGGACGAGUUCGAGCAGGAUAUCAGGAGGAUCGCUGACGAGGGCAGCGGCGGCGACGUCCCAAGCCGCCUGGAGGAGCAGGUCGAAGCCUUCCGCAGGAUCCCGCUGUCAUCCCAGGUUGCUGAAGGCUACCACAGGUCAACCAAACUCGGCAAAACUCGCGGCGGCGUCUCCCGCUUGCCGUGGUUACUAUCCUCCAACAGGAUCUGGCAAAACCUGGAUGUCGUGGCGAUGCUCGAGGACUGCCCCGAGGGGGAAGCGUGUCUAGAUUGCGAGUUUCGACACGCGACCAGGGUACUGCAGACGAAAAGUAAGUUGUUCCUGAAGCGCGUCAAGCAGCCGCUGCGUCAGUGCAUUCAGCGAGUAUACCGCCUCGGCGAGUUCAACCAUUUCGAUUGGGCAGAGAUCAUGACAGGGGACGCUGCUGCAGCCGCGAUUGCGAUUGCGGGCAUUGAAGAUGGCGCUGACGCUGGCGUGGGACCACCAGUGGGCGACGGAGGUGCUGGCGACGGCGGCGAUGGCCUUCCCCCGUCACCUGGGCGCGAUGCAGCGCUGGUCGAGCCCCACGGGGGUCCCCCCCUGCCUGCCGACCAGGGGGCAAGCUUGAAGAAGAGCUACCUGGACGCCGUGAUUCACCCCCGCUGCUUCUACAGCGUCGCGGUCCCAGACAACGACGACCCCUUCGUGUUCGAAGUCUUGAAAGUUGUGACGAGGCCAUGGCUCACGGUCAACCCCAUCAGAGCGCAAGUACGGAAGCCGAUAUUUGAACUAGCCAUUCAGACAUAUGCGUUCUGGGGUCCCGACCGCGGGGCUGGCGCGAUCAUAUACCCUGAUGGCGAUGGACUUCGGACUGAUCUCGUCGCAACUGCCCCAUGGGCGAAUCUCAUGGAGGAGUUGUAUGCAUGGGAGGUUGCGAGAAACCACGACAUGCCUGGUUGCCUUGAUUUGAAGGCGUGCUCCCUGGCUCGACCAACUAUGGCAUUGGCCGAUUCACAGUGCCCGCCCCUUGUGAUCAUGAAGGAACUCAACAGGCGAGGCUUUGUCAUGUCAGACACAUUGGUCGUCCACAAGUCUGAGGGUGCCCCCUUGACAGAGUACAGCAUUCGGAAAGUGAGUUCCCGCCGAGAGUAUCUCCAGUGCUUGCUGUCGUGGGACACCUUGGUGGGGCAGGGCUUGGCGGAGAUGCGCAGCGAUGCCCCGAUCGAUUACUACAAGAACUUGCUCCGAGGGAGCAUCGUUCCCCCUGGACUGUCAGCGAAGAUGUACAGGCGGAUUCUACAAGGGGAACAGAUCGAGGACGUGAUUGCAGAAUUAGACCUCCCUGAAGCCGUAGAAGACGGCGACGCGAUUGCCCCUGGCGGGGGGCCCGAGCCUGCUGCCUUGGAGGACGGCUCGGAAUCUGGCGGGCCUAUUGGCGACGAGCUCGUCUUCGAGCUCCUCAUCGAGUUCCAGCAGCUCGAGCUCGAGUACCUCUGA